UAAAGAAUACAGAUAUACCAAUGUGUCUAAAACGUAGAGUUUUUUAUGUCAAAAGUAUCUUGCCUGUAACUACAUAUGGACUAGAGACCAUGGCUUAGAACAGCUCAUUACAACCCAAAGAGCGAUGGAGAGGGACAUGCUAGGGAUUAGUUUGAGAGACAGGAUUCGAAAUAUCGACAUUCGUGAAAGAACAAAGAUUACUGAUGUCGCAGAACGUAUAGCAAGGCUUAAGUGGCAAUGGGUCAGACAUGUUUCCCGAGAUAAUCACGAAAAAUGGACACAGAGAUUAACAAGCUGGAGGCCAAGAGAGAACAGGCGAGGAGUAGGCAGACCACAGAAGAGGUAGGCAGAUGAUAUCAAACAAGUCGCGAGCAAGCAGUGGAUGAGAAUUGCCAUAGAAAUCAAUCAAAGCAAAUGGAAGAGGCCUAUGUCCAGUAGUGGACGAAUACAGGCUGA